AUGUCAGCAUCCUUUCCAGAUCCUUUGAAAGCAGAAGAGUGCUUCCAUAAAUUGAACCAGAUGAAAGAUAACAAGACUUUCAAUGCACUAGAGCAACUAUUUGAUGAUCGGACAAUUAAAAGUUCCCAGACAACUAGGGAUAAUUUUCUGAAAACGAUUGGAGAAAAGCAUCCACAUUCUGACAAUGGUUUUGUUCAACAUGUCAAGGCCUCUGCUGAAUUGCUUCUGGCUAUUAUCAGUGUUUUUCCUUCCCUUAUGAGGGGUUUCGAAGAGCAGUUUCAAGUGCUAUUGGAAGAAAAAAAUCCGAUUAAUGAUACGCUGGUUGAAGUCUUGGCCAAAGCGGGCCCUCAUAUUAAAGCCAAAUUCAGCGACUUUUACCCAUUCUUGUAG